CCCGCCCGCUUGCGCGCGCGCGCGCUCCCACCAGCGCGGCGGCGGCGGCAGCAGCAGCAGCAGCCUCGCCCCCCCGCCCUUCUGUUUCCCUCCCUCCUCCUCCUCUCGUAUCCUCCCAGGGCGGCGGCGGCGGCGGCGGCGGCGAUGAAUGAGCAUCCCGCGCGGGGACUGGGGAGCCCUGCCCGGCACCGUCGCCUGGAGGAGCCUCUGGCCGGCAGGUCCAAGCAUUAGAGGGAAAGGCGAGGAAGGGAGGAAGGAAGGGAGGAAGCAGCCCACUCACCCUGCCCUGCCGGCGGCGGGAUGAGCCGGGGUGGCGGCUCUGCGCCGCAGGGCGGGAUGCCCUGAUGAGUGGCUCUCGCUCGCCUCACUGCAUCCAUUGUGCCCAAAGCAGGGCCCGCUAGCCGCAGCCUCCCGCCUCCUGUCAGCGCCGCAGGGGCUGCCCUCAUGCCCUCCAAGCCCCCUGCCGGCCAUCCCUGACAGCCAAAGGGCACGAGGAGCCGGGGGGGGGCAGGAAGGGCAGCCGGCGGGUUCGAGAUGGCGAGCAAGCCCAGGGCCAGCGAGGCCCUGAAGGUGGUGGUCCGCUGCCGCCCGAUGAGCAGGAAGGAGGAAGCCGCUGGCUACGAGCGGAUCCUGGACAUGGACGUGAAGUUGGGCCAGGUGACCAUCCGGAACCCCAAGGCCUCUCCGGGGGAGCUGGCCAAAACCUUCACCUUUGACGCCGUCUAUGAUGCCAGCUCCAAGCAGGCCGACCUCUACGACGAGACUGUCCGGCCCUUAGUGGACUCAGUCCUGCAAGGGUUCAACGGCACCAUCUUUGCCUACGGCCAGACUGGCACCGGGAAGACCUACACUAUGCAAGGGGUCUGGGCUGACCCCGAGAAGAGAGGGGUCAUCCCCAUCUCCUUCGAGCACAUUUUCACCCACAUCUCUCGCUCGCAGAACCAGCAGUAUUUGGUCAGGGCGUCCUACUUGGAGAUCUACCAGGAGGAGAUUCGGGACCUCUUGGCCAAAGACCAGAGCAAGAAGAUAGAGCUGAAAGAGAACCCGGACACCGGGGUGUACCUCAAGGACCUGUCUUCCUUUGUCACUAAAAAUGUCAAAGAAAUUGAACACGUCAUGAACUUGGGAAACCAAACCAGGUCAGUGGGCAGCACCAACAUGAACGAGUACAGCUCCCGCUCACACGCCAUCUUUGUCAUCACAGUGGAGUGCAGCGAGGUGGGCCCAGACGGAGAGGACCAUAUCCGGGUAGGGAAGCUCAACCUGGUGGACUUGGCCGGGAGUGAGCGGCAGAGCAAGAUGGGCUCCCAAGGGGAGCGGCCGAAGGAGGCCUCCAAGAUCAACCUCUCCCUCUCUGCUCUGGGCAACGUCAUCUCUGCCCUGGUGGACGGGAAGAGCACCCACAUCCCCUACAGGGACUCCAAGCUCACCCGUCUCCUGCAGGACUCCCUCGGGGGCAAUGCCAAGACCAUCAUGGUGGCCACACUGGGCCCGGCCUCCCACAGCUACGACGAGAGCUUGUCGACCCUCCGGUUUGCCAACAGGGCCAAAAACAUCAAGAACAAGCCCAGGGUCAAUGAGGACCCCAAAGACACGCUGCUGCGCGAGUUCCAGGAGGAGAUUGUCCGCCUGAAGGCCCAGCUGGAGAAACGGGGAAUGCUGAGUGAGAAGCGGCGGAGGAACAGCCGGAGGAAGAAGGCGGCGGGAGGGGACGGGACCCCCGAGGCAGAAGAGGCGGAGGACAACGAGGACGGGGGCCUGGAGAAGAACAUGAAGAAUUACUUGAAGGAGCAGAAGUUGAGGCUGGAAGAGGAGAAAGCCGCCAUCCAGGACGACCGCAGCCUGGUGAGCGAGGAGAAGCAGAAGCUGCUCCUGGAGAAGGAGAAGAUGAUUGAGGAACUCCGGAAAGAGCAGGAAGCCACCCAGCUGCUGGCCACCAAGUACAAGGCGAUGGAGAGCAAGCUGUUGAUUGGCGGGAGGAACAUCAUGGACCACACAAACGAGCAACAGAAGAUGUUGGAGCUGAAGCGACAGGAGAUUGCAGAGCAGAAACGGCGAGAGCGUGAGAUGCAGCAGCAGGUGCUCUUGCGGGACGAGGAGACGGUGGAGCUGCGGGAGACGUUCACCUCCUUGCAGCAGGAAGUGGAGAUCAAGACCAAAAAGCUGAAGAAGCUCUAUGCCAAGCUCCAGGCCGUGAAGGCAGAGAUCCAGGACCAGCACGAUGAAUACAUCCGAGUGCGGCAGGACCUGGAAGAGGCCCAGAACGAGCAGACCCGAGAGCUCAAGCUGAAAUACUUGAUCAUUGAAAACUUCAUCCCCCCUGAGGAGAAGAACAAAAUCAUGAACCGCCUCUACUUCGAUUGUGAGGAGGACCAGUGGAAGUUCCAGCCCUUGGUGCUGACUCCAGGAAGCAGCAGCAGCACCACCACCACUACCGGUACCCAGAUGAAGAAGCGGCCUACCUCGGCAGUGGGAUACAAGAGGCCAAUUAGCCAAUACGCUCGCCUAGCCAUGUCAAUGGGCUCCCAUCCUCGCUACCGGGCUGAGAACAUCAUGUUCCUGGAGCUGGACGUAUCCCCACCAGCUGUAUUUGAGUUUGAAAUCACACGGGACCCAAGUGAGCAUGACCCACGAGCGCUGCACCUGGAGAGGCUCAUGCGCCUCGACAGCCUGCUGGAGCGGCCUGCUGCAUCCCGGGUGCGGAAGUCGCGGUCUUGGUGCCAGGCUCCUCGUUCCCUGCCGUCAUCAACGACACAUGUGUCCCUUGCCGCCAGCUCACAGAACCCCUCCACAACACUGGCUCACGAGUAAUGCCCCGCCGGCCCUCCCCUGGUCCGUCCCUUCACACACGGAGGACUGCACUCCUGCCCCUCCACUGGCUGCCUCCAGGGAUGGGCGUCCCCUGCACUAAUUCAUCUUUGUCUUUAGCUACUUCUUGUGUGUGUGUGUGUGUGUCUGUAUGAGCUGACAGCUCCUGGGGGCCUGAAUCCCCUGCCCUUUCCGGGGGAUCUGUCACUCUAUUUAUUUAACAUAUUUAUUUAUGAUGUGUCUUUGUAACGAUGCGGGCCUUCAAGCUGAGCGGCACCCUCAGAUGAUGGAGGGCAUAGCGCUGAUGGCUCACCUGCCAUUGUUGGCGCAGCUGCACAACGCACAAUGUUGCUAGAAGACUGUUGCUUUUUCUUCACCCCGCUGAUGUUCUGAGCUCACGAUGGAGAACUGUUUGGAACAUGGGGAGGGUGAGCAAUCUGCACUCAGCUCCAACAGCAGUUCACAGCUCCCAGCGGGGCCUCAGAAGUCAUAGCCUGCUUUGCAGUGUCUGCUACAUGGCGUGGCUGGAUAGAGCUGGCAGGACUUGAUCUCACCAGCCAUGGGAUUCCCUCUGUUCCUGCACCAGAAGCGUUGGCCCCAUUUCGCCUUCUGUUCACCCCCACAGAACUGUCUCCAUGUUGCACAGAGAUGGCCGGAGCACUGAAUAUGCAAGCAGAGCUGGGAGGGGUUGACAGACACAUCCUUGAGAUUCUAGGAAACCUUCUCACCAGCUUCAGGCAAUGGUCAGGGUGGCCCUCGGUCCCUCCCACGCGACUGUAGACACUGACAUGGUUGGUGUACUCUCCAGGACAGGAGCACUCCUUAUGCUGCAGUGAAGAGCCAAGCAUGAGGGGAGGCAGACAGAGCACCCGGUUCCCCAGAGAGGGCAGAGGGAAUGGCGCCUCUUUGCACGAAGGCUCUUGCAGUGGCAACUGGGACAGGCAGAUUUGAUGCAGCAUCCAGCUAGUGGUGAUUAGGGCUUCCUGGGGCCAUGGUGAGGUCAGGAGGGGGAGGCUGGAAAAUCAGAGAGGAAGGGAGGGAGCAAGGUGGAAUAUCCCACCACAAAACCAAACCAAACUCUACCACACGCUGCUCUUUCCUCACGUUCAGUGCCUCUGCGUGCCUCUGUGUGCAGCGCCAUUUGCAUUUGGCUUGUAGUUAGCUAGCUGUGUGGCCAACCCUAAAAUUGGCCCUCUGGAGAAAAAUUCCUAGAAAUAAGGUGAGGGGGCUGCAGCCUAUGUUUAGCUGUAGGGUGGGGGUGUCCCUUGGACCCUGAGCCCGCUGCCUGUUGCAGUAGCUGCCAGCACUUGGCUGCCACCUGACCUUGUGAUGCUGUUCAUGAAUAAUGUGCUGGCGUCCAGGACUCGGCCACUAGCAGAGAGAGGCACAAGGGCAAGGGCGUGAGAGGUGCAUCGGGAGGGGCAAGCCAGCAGAAGUGCUUUGGCAGGCCUGAUGUGGCCCCCUUUCUUGGGGAAGGGACAGGGAGGAAGCCCCGAAUGCUCUGUUCAGUGUCUGCAGGAGGGCUUUUUCACUGUCUGUGGUAUGAGGCCAGAAUCCAAAGGAAGGGCAAGGCAGCAGACAGCAAAAAGGCGGCUGUGGUGCUGAGCUGGGGAAAGGCUGUGACUUAGUGGCAGAGCACCUGCUUGGCAUGCAGAAGGCCCCAGGUGCCGUGUGAGAAGGACCCCUGCCUGAAACCCUACAGAGCAAUUUUAUGCCAAUGUCACCAGCACUAAGCUAGAUGGACCAAUGGUUUGACUCUGCAGAAGGGCAGUUUCUGAUGCUCCUAGCCGGGCAGUCCUGUGAAGUCAGCCUGAGAGAUAACAAGCUGCACAGCAUGAAACAUUUGAUCGCCCUCGGUCAGCCUGACUUCCUCCGUUUCCUUUUCCACCUUGCCUUCCCUUGCUGGUAUAGUUCUGGCCAAGGAUUCUGUGGCUUUUCCAUCUCUUGCUCAGGAUCCUCCAACUGGCUUCAACAGCUGAGGGGAUGGGAGAACAAAUCCUUCCCACCCUUACAGUGGCUGCUCCUAGAUAAAGCAGGGAUCCUAAACUGUGUCAUGAGAUUGUAAGUAUAAAGGUGGUGGUGGGUGGUGGUGGGGGCAGCCGUUCCCAAUUCAUGGACAUGGAGCACGGGGACCUAAGAUCUGAUUCUAAGAUCUGAUUGUGGCAUGCUAAGAGCAGCAGCCUGUUUUCUAUCAAGCACCUGUCAUGCUGCACAAAAGGUUGUGCAGAGGCCGUUGUGCAGAUGCCAUGUGGCCUUCCUAUGUAAUCUCACAGUGUGUUGUGGCAGUCAGUCCUUGACCGGCUCCCCCGGGUGCUCUCCUGAUCCAUUCUGUGCACUAGCUGUGUGUAGUCGCUCUUGGCAGUCCAGUUAUGCUUGCCUCCCAGGAUUCCUUGGGGCCCUUCACAUGCCUGAGAAAUCACAGUGGCCAGUCAGACACCAGAAGCAGCAGAGAAAGCUGUGGAAGCUGUAGGAACACAGGAGCACGCCUUAUACUGAGCCAUACCAGUGGCCAUGUACUUCAGUAUAGUCUACACUGGCUGGCAGCAGCUGUCCAGCGUUUCAGGCAGGGAGGCUUUCCCAGCCGUACCUGGAGGUGCUGUUGGGGAAUGAACCUGGGAUCUUCUGCAUGCCAAGCAGGUGCUGUACCACUGAGCUAUACUGCCCUUCCCAUGGGACCAUAGAUGGGGAAGUGGAAGAGGUUUGGUAGGCCAGUCAGAGAGGGUCAGGAGGGCUUGUGUGGCUCUUAGGCCACUUACUGAAGACCAUGUAUCUCUUUAGUCCAACAGCUAGAAUAAGGCCCUUGUCACUCGUUUCUUCACCUGUCCAUAAGUGGAGGUCGACGCCUUUGAUUUCCAGUCUCGUAAAC